AUCGCUGUUGAACGCAGUUGGUACGCGGGUACCUCAAGAUUCUGAAACCAGCCGACGCGCGUACGUACGUUCCACGUGUUGAUCUGCCAUUGGGUCGUGGGCCUUCCAUGGUCUCCUUGACGUUGACCCCGUCCCGGCAAAUACAGAUUCAAAUUCAAGCUGACCGAGCUUUUCUCCAUCCUUUCCGCCUAGGGAACUCCGUCGUCUCCUCACCAAUAGGGUGCAUUGGGAGCCCCGUGCUGCCCGGUUUUUGGGGGGAAUUCACGAGGAACCAGCGGAAGGGCGGGAAGUUACGGCCACUAGCGGUUCGGUCGCGUAGCAUCGAGGGGGUUCGGGGAUUCGCUGGUGGCCGCGCCGUGACGAGCGGCGGCGAACGCGGGGAGAUGGAGAGCGAUGACGGAAGAACGGGGGAGAUGGGAAACGUGGAUGGCGGGGAAGGGGGCGUGGGGAUGGAGAUGCAAGGGGUGCUGUUCCGCUGGGGGGAGAUGGGCGUCAAGGUGGCAUUCCGUUCGUCUGACUUCCCCCGCCACGUCAUCAUCCUAGGUGGCCUCACCGACGGCCUUCUCCCCACCGGCUACACUGCCAGGCUGGCAUCCUCGCUGGCAGCGAUUCAUUGGUCGCUGGUGCAGACGCAGGUGUCGUCCUCCUACUUUGGCUACGGAGCAGCGUCUCUGGAGCAGGAUGCUGCCGAAAUAGAUGACCUCAUCGCUUACAUCAUCAAGCGGUACCAGGGCUCUGAUGUCGUCCUUGUUGGCCACAGCACGGGCUGCCAGGACAUUGUGGCCUAUCUCAGGAGCCCCACCUCCAGCCACCAUAGCGCUGUCAAGGCAGCCAUUCUUCAGGCGCCAACGAGCGACAGGGAGUGCAUGGAGCAGCAAGCGAGGGAGGGGGGGAAGGAGACACAGGCAGCAUUGGAAGAAAUGAAAUGGGCGGCACAAGCCAUGAUUGCGGACGGCAGAGGGGCCGAGAUGAUGCCGAGAAGCGCCGACCCGCUUGCGCCGAUCACGGCGUACAGGUUUCACUCUCUAGCAUGCACGGGUGGGGAUGACGACAUCUUCAGUUCAGACUUCACAGAUGAUGAGCUCAGAGAGAAGCUGGGGCACAUGGCAGCAUGGCCAUGCAUGGUGAUUCUAUCAGGGGAGGAUCAGUACGUGCCAAAGCACAUAGACAAGGAGAUGCUAUUGCAAAGACUAUGCGCUGCAAUGGGCGGCGCAAGCUCUGCUCUGAUUGGUGGAGCUGACCACUCGCUGAGUAACAAACUGGAGGAGGCAGUUCCCACCAUAACGGCCUUCAUCAAAAGGUUGUGAAAGGUGUUGUAGUGCUUAGCUAGUAGGGCCUACUGUACUGUAUCAUCAGGAGGGACAUCCGUUACUUCACUUUCAUUCAAAAUGCUCACUGCAUGCUAAACCAUUAGCAGUUAUUGCACAAGAAUUU